CAAAUGUUUGGAUCUGCACGUGUGAGGUGACGGAGACGCAUCAGCUGCUGAGGUGGCGCUGACGCUGGUCCUCAGCAUCACCGCCGCACCACACCCUCCUCACAGCGGCAGCAGCAGCAGCAGUGACCGGCGGCAUGAUGCGGAUCUCCCUGCUGGUUCUGGCCCUCACCGCGGUCUGCGACGGCAUCCUCCCCGAGAUAGUGUACUCAGGAGUCGACCACAUUCUGGAGGAUCACUCGGCCCCAGGACAAACGGAGCAGGGCCGGGCGCUUGUGGAGGUGGAGCAGCUGCAGGAUGCGACUCACCCAAGAGACAACAACAGUGUCAGCCUGAGCCCCGAUCCCAGUAACCUUCCUCCAGAUCAUCACAGUGAAUCCGCUUCUGAUAAAGUGAUUGAUAAUGAAUCUGUCCACACAUCAUCAGUAGACCGGGAGAGCCACAACAUGACCAGCACAACCGUCCCAUACAGUGACCUGGGAAACACUAUUGAUCAUGGAUGCAUCACUGAUGAGGACUGUGGGAAAGGAAAGUAUUGCCUUAAUGUCAUGCACGGCUCCAAGUGUUUGCCUUGCAAAGCAAUCGAUGUGUCGUGCACUAAAGACGAGGAGUGCUGUGCUGAUCAGCUGUGUGUGUGGGGUCAGUGCAGUCCAAAUGCAACGAAAGGAGAAGCUGGCAGCACUUGUCAAUACCAGACGGACUGCAGCCCAGACCUCUGCUGUGCUUUCCAUAAAGCCCUGCUCUUCCCUGUGUGCUUGGCCAAGCCCAUUGAGCGUGAGCGAUGCUUCAGUGCCUCCAACCACCUGGCGGAGCUGUUGUCCUGGGACAGUCAGGACAAGGGACCCAGGAAACACUGCCCCUGUGCAGGAGAGCUCCACUGCCAGCACCUGGGGAGAGGGUCCAUGUGUCUGACAGGAGAAGAUUCCAGUGAAGAGGACAUGGCAGACACACUGUACUCAGAGAUAGACUAUAUCAUCUAGACACAGCUUCAUUUAUUUCACAUUGCCUUGGAAACAACUAGACUGAGGUCUCGACUUUAGAGCUUUGCACUUUCUGUUAUCCAGCUCAAUCCAAAGUCAUCAAGUUAUACCACACUGAAAGUAGAGAAAACUAUUUAUUUUAUUUGCUGUAAUUAAGACCUGAAGUUUUGAAAAUGUAGAUAUAAAAGCCACUAACAAAGACAGGAAACUGUCUCGAUACUUAACACUGGUUUAUUCUAUAUACUGCAAUUCUAUAUUUGAUCGUAACUCUAAUCCUCCUAAUAAACACUGCACAUUGAUUACAACUAUAAACACUGAGUGCAUGGAGACCUUUCACCUCAUUGUUUAAAUUGAACAUCACCUGCAUGAAGCUUCAGUGGACCACGUGUAUGAAAGGAAUCUGUCAACAUCUAGCUGCUGCCAGUGUACAGCAGUUUGUCUUUUUGUCAUGAAAGAACUUUUCCCUCCUUUUACUUUUCGGCAUAAAUCUAAUUCUGGCUGCUUGUUGAUGUGUAGAGUUUCUUUUUUCCUGUGACACUUUCUCCUGUUAUUUCUAAGUAAUUCUUUUGGCAAACCUUGCUGCUUGAUCCUCAUCAAGCUGCUGUCAUGUCAUCACUGUCACGCCUGUGUUAGGCCUACAACAGCCAGUGGCCGGAGGCAUUAUGUUUUCAGGUAGUCAGUUCGUCCUUCCAAUUCUCCUGAAUGUGAUAUCUCAAGAACGCCUUGAGGAAAUUACCUAGGAUUUGGCACAAACGUUCACUUCGACUCAAAGAUUAACUGAUUUGAUUUUUGUGGCUGGAGGUCAAAGGUCAGGGUCACUGUGACCUCUCAAAAUACAUGUGAUCUGAAUGCAAUAUCUCAUGAACAACUUAAAGGAUUCCUCUUAACUUUGGCACAUAUCACAGAUUAGCUGAUUCAAUUUCAGAGGUCAAAUGUCAUGGAUCUGGAAAACAAAUGUAUGUAAAGAGAAACUAGUUGGCGGAGGCUGGUCUACAUCUGCCCUUUCAGCUCUUGUUUUACAAUACAGUGUCCCCUCACAACACCCAAACAUCUC